AUGGGAAACCAACUGGACCGGAUCACCCACCUCAACUACAGCGAGCUGCCCACGGGGGAUCCGUCCGGGCUGGAGAAGGACGAGCUGCGCGUCGGCGUCGCCUACUUCUUCUCCGACGAGGAGGAGGAGGCGGGGGACGAACGCACGCCGUCCGACUGCGGCUUCGGCAAGGAGCUGAGCCCGGCCGACGAGGAGGAGCCGGAGCCGGAGGAGGACGGCAACGGCGGUGGGGGAUUCUCCCUGAGCGAGGUGGAGUACUCGGCUUUCCGCGCGCAGGAGUGCAUCUUCUCCAAGCUGCGAGAGAACCAGGACCUGGACGUGUACGCGGCCAGCACUUUGCUGGGCGUCUGCAAGCCGGGCGACCUGCUGGAGCUGGUGGCCGCCGCGCAACCGCCGCACUGGGCCGUGUGCGAGCGCGACGGCCGGGUCAUCCACCUGCACAAGGGCGAGAUCCGGCGGGACGGCCUGCUUGAGGCGUGCAACGGACGCCGCGGGAGGAUCGCCAACAGCCGCUACCGCUACCGACCGCUGCCCGCCGACCUGGUGGUGCAGAACGCCGCGGGCCACGUGGGCCUGCGGAGCGACGAGAUCUGCUGGAGCGACUCGGAAAGUUUCGCCGCCUGGUGCCGCUUCGGCAAGCGGGAGUUCAAGGCGGGCGGCGAGGCGCACUCGGCCGAGCAGCAGUACGUCCUCAAGGUGCGCCUGGCCGGGCGCGGCGUGCACACGCUCGGCUUUCGCAGCUUGGAGGACAUGAUCCGCGAGAGGCGACGGAUGGACGCCAGCGGGAUUCUCCGAGAACUCUCCAAGGACUGA